AUGAAGACACGUGGAGAACCCUCGCAACUCCGCAGGUCGAAUGCUGCAGGCAGCAGUGGGUAUGGGUAUGAGCCAGCUACCCCGACAGCUCCCGAUGAGGUUUCAGUCCUCAGUCCUGCUGUCCCAGAGCAGGCAUUGCACGAGGGGUUUGCAGCAGAGAGAGGGGAGUCCUCAGUCCCCGGUCCUGCUGUGGAGAAUGAUGCGCUGAUCGACUGGGAGUUGUUGCAGUACCAUUUGAGGACACACUUGGACAUUCCGGGGGUGUUCCGUUCAGAGCCCACAAUGCAGUUUUCCUGGCUGGGCCGCCGUGGUGGGUUGGACAUUGCAGCGACAGUCCUGCAGUCCUACAGUCCCUCCUCACUGCCCAAGAACAUGAAAGCAGAGAGCAUGCUGGAGUUCAUUCGGGUACCAGUCCAGAUGGACAAAAUGGCAGCCUGGUUGGAGGCAGUCGGCAGGAAUGAGGUCCCCUGCACCCCGGCCUUGCUGUACCACCACUGCCAGAAGGGCUUCGAGGGCUUCUCCCAGUGCCAGCAGGAGUACUUCUACCCUACGGGGUUGAGCUACAACUUGACCAAACACGUUUCCGAAAUCGUCAUGCUGAUGUGCGAUGCUCUCAUCUUGGCCCGCUGUUUCCCUACGUCUGUCGAAGACAGUCUGGCACCACCGUCGAGAAGAGAGACAGUCUCGCAGUUCUUGGACCAGUACUUUGGUUAUGGCUGGGCGCGCUGGAGAUGUCCGUUUGACUACGUUCCUGACUACACUCGUGGUGAAUACAGCACAUCGGAGUUCGCAGUCCUGACUGCCCAGGUGGAUGACUUCCGAGUGGACGACUUCUUCGAUGUUGAUGAUCUUUGGUCAUGGUGGCUUCCGAUUAAUGGAACCUUCAUCUGGGCAAUGUACACCCCUCCGGAUACCGACAAUGGCAUUCGCACAGUCAGCUUUUGGAAGAUCGUCCGGAGCCAGCAGAACGGCCGCUACGUUCAUAUCGGGGACAACUAUGUCUGGCAGCCCGCGGACAAUUCGCAGUUCAACCCAGAGUAUGCCGAGCGCGAAGUCCUGAAGCCGAAUUGGUGCAUACAGUCCAUUCCUGGAAUCCAGAAAUCCUACAUGCAAAUUGGGAAAUGGACUUGCAACCGCAUCGGUGUUGCCACCCCAGAGUUUCGAAAGCGCAAGAUCUUCAUUCUCGAGAUGACCCACGAACCAGGCCGGCACUCCCAGCGCAGGCCAUCUUUGACUUUGAUCAAAGCACCUUGGCUUGACAAAUUUUAA